AUGCAGCUCAAGUCGCGCCUGCUCGCCGCCCUCGCGAGCGGGGCCGGCCUGGUUGCGGCGCUGGGCCAGAAGCCCAUUGUUGCUUUCGAGUCUUCCGCCGGCUCCUUGCAGAUUGCCGGCGGCUCUGUCUCGGCCGGCCAGAUCCGCGUAUCGAGCAAUGAGUACUGGGGCGUGAUCCGCGCGGCAGGCGACCUGGCGCUCGACUUUGGCCGGGUCACGGGCACCAACUACAGCCUGAGCAACGGCGAAAAGGGUUCUACACCCGCUUCAUACGAGUAUGACCCUGUGAACAAUAUGAACAAUACUGUGUACUCGACCACCGCGAAGCAAAGCUUUCCCGGGCCCAAGUACGCCGACCCGGCGCCCGAUAAGACGGUCAUCAUCGCUGGAACUAUCGGCCACUCGUCACUCAUCGACAAGCUGGUCGACGCCAAGGCGCUCGACGUCUCCGAGGUAAAGGGCAAGUGGGAGUCUUUCGUCAGCCAGCUCGUCAAGGACCCCAUCCCGGGCUGUGCUCAGGCCCUCGUUAUUGCCGGCAGCGACCCGCGCGGUACCAUCUUUGGCAUCUACGACGUCAGCGAGCAGAUCGGCGUGUCGCCCUGGUACUUCUGGGCCGACGUCCCCGUCAAGAAGCACAAGGACAUCCACGCCCUCGCCGAGCGCAAGGUGCAGGGGUCGCCCUCGGUCAAGUACCGCGGCUUCUUCCUCAACGACGAGCAGCCCGACCUGACCAACUGGGUGGCCUCGCGCUGGCCCGACACGCCCUACGGCGCGGGCUACGGCCCGCAGUUCUACGCGCUCGUCUUCGAGGUGCUGCUGCGCCUGCGCGCAAACUACCUGUGGCCCGCGCUCUGGGGCACCAUGUUCGAGGUCGACGACCCGGGCAACCAGCCGCUCGCCGACGCCUUCGAGAUCGUGCUCGGCAGCUCGCACACGGAGCCGCUCAUGCGCGCGCAGAACGAGUUCGGCCACUUCUACAAGGGGCCCUGGGCGUACAACCUCAACAACGAGACCAUCGACGGCUACUUCCGGUACGGCGUGCGGCGCGCCAAGCCCUACGCGCGCAACUCGCUGUGGACGAUGGGCAUGCGCGGCACGGGCGACACGGCCAUCGAGGGCCUCGGCGUGGACAAGAUCGUCACCAUGCUCGAGACGCUCGUCGGCAAGCAGCAGAAGAUCAUCAGCGAGGGGCUCGACGGCGUCAACAUCUCGGACGUGCCGCAGAUGUGGUGCCUGUACAAGGAGGUGCAGUCGUACACCUUUGAAGGGCUCACGGUGCCCGAGGACAUCACGCUGCUGUGGGCCGACGACAACUGGGGCAACGUGCGGCGCCUGCCGCUGGCCAACGAGACGGGCCGGGCCGGCGGCGCGGGCGUGUACUACCACUUUGACUACGUGGGCGACCCGCGCGACUACAAGUGGGUGAACACGGUGCAGCUGUCGCACACGGCUGAACAGAUGCACCUCGCCUACUCCCGCGGCGUGGACCGCAUCUGGAUCGUCAACGUCGGCGACCUCAAGCCCCUCGAGAUCCCCAUCAGCCACUUCUUCGACAUGGCCUACGACGCCGCCCGCUGGGACGUCGACAGCACCGACGCCUGGACCCGGGCGUGGGCGGCGCGCGAGUUCGGCCCGGAGCUCGCGGCCGACAUCGCCGAGGUCGUCAACCGGUUCGGCAUGUGUGCCGCGCGGCGCAAGUUCGAGCUCGUCGAGCCGCAGACGUACUCGGUCAUCAACUACAACGAGGCCGACGCCGUGCUGGAGCAGUGGGCGGUGCUGCGCGAGGACGCGCAGGCGCUGCACGACAGGCUGCCCAAGGAGGCGCGCGACGCCUUCUUCCAGCUCGUGCUGCACCCGAUCCUGGGCGGCGAGAUCGUGCACAAGAUCUACGUCGGCGCGGCCAAGAACGCGCUGUACGCCGGGCAGAAGCGCAACGCGGCCAACGAGGUGAUCAAGGCGGUGCUGCGGUCGUCGGACGACGACGCGAACCUUACCGUGCGGUGGGACAAGAUGCUCGACGGCAAGUGGGCGCACAUGAUGGACCAAACCCACCUCGGAUACGAUGGCUACUGGCAGCAGCCCAUGCGCAACAGCCUGCCGGCCAUGACCUAUGUACAGACGGCCUUCGCCUCGCUGGCGGGCCACGUCGGCGUCGGCGUCGAAGGGCGGAACGCGACGAUCCAGGGCGACGACAAGUGGCACACCAACUCGGGCAACACCCUCGUCGUGCCGCCCAUGGACCGCUACGGGCCCGUCACGCGCUACUUCGACGUCUUCUCGCGCGGCACCAACUCGUGCGUCUGGAACGCGGCCCCGUGGCAGCCGUGGGUCAAGCUCUCGCAGUACAACGGCACCGUAGGCGGCGACAACGGCACCGACACGCGCGUCUACAUCUCGGUCGACUGGGCGCGGGCGCAGAACGCGACCGUCAGCAUCAACGUCACCACUCCGUGCCGCGGCUUCGACAAGUACGGCUACUCGGAGCCCACCAUCCAGGUGCCCAUCGUGACGCGCUCGGUGCCCGAGGGCUUCAAGGCCGGCUUCGUCGAGUCGGACGGGCACGUAUCCAUCGAGGGCCCGCACUACCAGUCCAUCAUCGCGCCGUCGAAGUCCGCAAACAGCAGCAUCAGCAGCAGGAACGUCACGUACCACACCUUCAAGAACUACGGCCGCACGCUGGGCGGCGUGGGCCUCUGGCCGCUCGACACGGACAAGCUGAGCGUCGAGGAGGCGCCGGCGCUCGAGUACGACAUGUACCUCUUCACCAACAGCUCCGGGCCGCAGGGCGUGGCCAACGUGACCGUCUUCAUCUCGCCGAGCCACAACUACCUCGGCGACAGCACGCCGCUCGAGUACGGCGUCGCGCUGUACCCGGCCGGCGGCGCGGCCGAGCCCCCCAAGCCGACGAUGGUGCGGCCCGUCGGGCGCACCGUGGGCGGCAACCUGCCCGACGGGUGGGGACUGGCGGUCGGCGACGGCGUGUGGGGCCGGUACGGCAACUACAGCACGCGCGGCUUCAACGUGACCAAGGAGGGCGCGUACAAGCUGCGGAUCUGGUGCCUGCUGCCGAGCGUCCUGGUGCAGAAGGUCGUGGUCGACACGGGCGGCGUGCGGCCGAGCUACCUCGGCCCUCCGGAGAGCUUCCUCGUCGGGCGGGACGAGGUGGGCAAGCAGAACCAGACGGCGUUUACGAAUGGGUACGGCGUCGUGGGCGGCGUGGGCAGCGGAAACGUCACGAGGGGUGCGGCGACGGGGGAGAAGAAGAAUGCCGGUGAGGCGCUGAGGGCUGGUGGGCUCGCCACGGCAGUGAUGGGGUUUGUAUUGGUGGUGGUGUGGCUGGUGUAG